AGGAUGGCGCGGAAAAUUGUGUCGCUGUCUUCUGUCUCCGCUCUCUGCUCAGGAGUCUCGCGUUGACGUUUCACCGGACAAACAAUAACAUUAGCGAGUGAGUCGCGUCAGUUUCGAUAAGUUAUAUCAUUCCUCUGCGUUUGUUGGUGAUAUUCUGCGUGCAGCCGCUUAGCCGCGGUUCUUCUCAAAACACCGGCAGCUAAAAACACACUGAGGUCUGAGGUGAGUGACGUCACUCCUCAGCCAUGAGUGUGUUGGAAGUGAAGUUCAUCGGAGAUGGGGACGUCGUGGAACACAUCGUGGACAAACAGGAGGGUGUACAGAGCAGCGGUGCGUCUGUCCACAAGUUGGUGACAUUGAAGAACCCGGCCAGACGGCAGCGCAGAGAAGAUGGAUCAGCAGCAGCAGCAGAUGAUGAUGAUGAUGCACAUUGUUCCUACGAUGAGAAGAAUUAUGUCCAAGCUUUAGGAACAGAAGAAGAUGAGGAUGGUGUGUCUAGAGUGGCUGGAUCCUCCAUUUUCACCUUUCAGAAAGUUAAACGAGGCCACAGCAUGGCCCAGACUGCAAGUGAGUUAGCACGGACUCCUGGGAAAAGCGUGACUUUCAGCAAGACCCCAAAUAUUGAACCCUCCACUCCAACUCGAAAAGGCCAUAAUCCCAAAGGGGAAGGUCGGACACCAAAGAAGAACAAGAAGGUCCAGUUUGUAUCCACAACACCCCACAGGCUCAGGAGGAGAAUUACAACUCCGAGCCUUCGGUCAGACAGUGACAGCGAGCUGUCGCCCUCAGACUCUGGAGAAGAGGAGGAUGAAGAUGGGAUAGAAGAAGACCAGAAAGUAAAGAAAGAGGAUAAAGAGAACGCGAAGACUCUGAGAACCCCGAGUAAAGGCUCAUCUGCAGCUCUCUACAAGACUCCCGCCAAGAAGAGCAAGAGCAACACCUCUGAAGCCUCCAACCAGCCCACUAUGGUUGAAGAAUAUUUUGAGGCCCAUGGCACAUCAAAAGUCUUGACGUCAGACCGCACCCUCGAGCGUCUACACACCCCCAAACUGGACAGGGAGACGUUGGUGAGGCUUUUAGAGGGAAAACAGUCCUGCUAUACAAAAGACAUUCAGCAGCUUCACAACAAACAUAGAAAGCACUUUAGUAAAUGGAUGUUACAGUUACAGUUGGGCUUCAGUGUUCUGGUCUAUGGUUUGGGAAGCAAAAAAGCUCUGCUGGAGGACUUCCGUGUGUCUAACUUGGCUCAAGAAAUCCACCUUGUGGUCAAUGGAUUCUUCCCCUCUAUUACUCUUAAAUCGAUCUUGAAUGCUCUGACAUGUGAGAUCCUUGACCAUCAAGGAAGUUUCCGAACACCCUCAGACCAGAUCAUGUUCAUCGCUCAGACUCUUAGAGACAGCCCAGAUCUACACGUGUACUUGCUCAUCCAUAACAUCGAUGGACCCAUGUUGCGAGGAGAGAAGACUCAGAGUGCACUGGGGCAGCUGGCAUCCCUCCCCAAUCUGCACUUGGUGGCUUCUCUGGACCACAUCAAUGCUCCACUGGUGUGGGACCAGUUUCAGCAGAGUCAGUUUAACUGGUUGUGGUGGGAGUGUGUGACGUUCCAGCACUACGCAGAAGAGACAUCGUAUGAGAACUCACUCCUGGUGCAGCAGACUGGCGCACUCGCACUGUCCUCCCUCACGCACGUGCUCCGCAGCUUGACUUCCAAUGCAAGAGGAAUCUUUAAGCUGCUGGUGAAAUUUCAGUUGGAAAACAAAGACAAUCCUUCAUACACAGGUUUGUCAUUCCAAGAUUUCUACCAGCGUUGUCGAGAGGCGUUCUUGGUCAACUCCGACCUCACGCUGAGGACUCAGCUGACGGAGUUCAGAGACCACAAGUUGAUACGAACGCGCAAGGGUGCAGACGGAGUGGAGUGCCUGAGCGUUGCUGUGGACUCAAGCACCUUGAUGGAUUUCUUGGAGAACGAGGAGGGUGACUAAAAUGAGGAUUUUUCCUCCUUAACGCCUGAUAAAUAUAAUUCAUGAACUGGCUUUCCCUGCGAGGAAAAUGUUUGGCUGAAUCAGUCACUGAUGUGCACAUUUGCUAUGAGACAUGUACCCAGCUAACUCUUUAAAUAAAGGGUUUAAGUCAACUUUACUGAUGAAAUGCUACAAUUUGUCCCCAGUGCUUCUUUUAUA